ACAUAGCAACCGUGAGCACUAAUAGAAGGAAAACAUAAACAGAAGAACCGCAACCGGCUAAGAAGUAAAGAGGAUGGCGGAUUUCAGUAGAAAAGAUCUGCAUUUAACUAGUACUGGAGUAGGUCAUAGAUACCAACCGGGAUAUUAUUUUCCCAGUUCAAACUUUAAGGGUGUCCUUAAAGAUAAACUGCCUCCAGAGUUAGCCUGUCCUGAUGAAAUAAAAGGCGAAAGAUUUGGAACAACCACAGGAACCUUUCAUGAUAAUAAAUUUGCUGGUAUUGAAUAUGGAAAUGAUCACCCUACUUAUAAAAAAGCUCCAGCACUCUACAAAGUACAUUAUAAUCGAAAUGUUAUAGAAAAAUUAGGUCAUGGUGGUCAUAGAAGACCGCUUACAAUGGGUAACGAAGAGAGUGAGAUGAAGGCUAAAUAUAAAGCAAAUAAACCUGACGCAGUAUAUCUAUAUGAUAGAUAUCCAGCUCCCAAUCCUCAGGGUAUCUUAUUUGGAGAUCAUCAAAAAGAGGGUCCUACUAAAUUGGGUGAACAGAACACUAAAAAUCCAAAGAUGGCUGGAAGACCUUUCAAAGUCAAUGAUCUAAGUAUUAUGGAAUUAAAUAAUCCCUACACCACAACCAAUAUGAAAGAACAUAGAAGGUGGACUCCUAAGGAGUUACAUAAUGUUGGGAAAAAAGAUGUUGCAACUUAUUGGGAAUGUGAAGAAUAUCCUAAAGCUUGGGGUUUUGGGCUGAAGCAUAAUCCGCUUCCAAAGCAUGCUGUACCCAGAGAAAGACCGCCAAUGAGAGAUACUAUGGUAUUUAAAACUGCAACAAAAGUUGGUAGAAUUCCCAACAGAAUGAUUCCAGUUCCCCAUUCUGGCACUAAAACUGAGUAUUGCGAACGUUACGAAAUACCUUCCGAUUCAAAAUGUAAACAAGCUGAAUAUUGUCCGGUCGAUACUCCCUACAUUCUACCAGAUCCUAGUUCUAGGACAGCGUUUACAGCUCCGGGAAUGUAUAAAACUGAAUAUGAAAAUAUUGGUUGUGAACAAAUCAUCACUGUAUAA